AUCUCUCGGACUCCACAGACACAGCGCUGAUUGAACACGCUGAGGGGAGCUCUCAGUCGGAGCGCAUCACCUAAAGGGGCUGUCACCGGCCUGAAGCGAACAGGAAGAGGCAGGAAACCCGCACCAACCCCCGCAAUUCACAGUAAAUAAGUCAUAGAUACGCUGAACUGGGUGUAGUGUUUUAUCCUCUCUCCCUCUAAAAAAACUCCUUUAGGUUGUUUUAUCUUUUGAGUGUUUUUUUUUAACUUCCAUCUUUGAGAAGCGGGACUGUGUGGAACCAAUAAUCGGCGACACGCCGCUGACCGUCUCUGAAUAAAAAAGUUUGAGAGGGAAAUCUUUCGGAGGUGAUAUAACAUCUACUCAAUUGGAAUUUUCCAGCCUGCCAUUGGACGCUCACUUGGGAAAAGGGAUAUCACUUUUCAACUGGUGUUCCUGGAGAGCGGAGGAAUUCUGCGCGAAGAGUGCGCUGCGCCUUCGGAGACAAGGUUAUGACGGAACUGAGCUGAACAUGGAACUUUUCUGGAUAUUGUUUUUUAUCAGUGUCCAACCUCUGGUUCGUGGCCAAGGAGUUUACGCUCCAGCCAAUGCCCAGAUUGCACACUCCGGUGCAGCGUGUAACGUGAAGGAUGAUAAUAUAAGUGAGAGAAUUUACACCAUCAGAGAAGGAGACACACUAGAGCUCCGGUGUAUUGUUAAAGGACACCCACGACCACAGGUGCGAUGGACAAAGACAGCAGGCAGCGCUUCAGACAAGUUCCAGGAAACAUCCAUCUACAACGAGACGCUGCGCAUCGAUGGCAUCCAGAGAGUGCAGGGGGGCCGCUACUACUGCAAAGCUGACAACGGGGUGGGGGUGGCUGCCAUCAAGUCCAUCCGCGUAGAUGUGCAGUACCUCGACGUCCCGGUCCUGACAGUGCACCAGACCAUUGGGGAUAUACGAGCCGGCUUCUACCAUGAAAAGACUGUGUUCCUUCGCUGCACCGUCAACUCCAACCCUCCCGCACGAUUCAUCUGGAAACGUGGCAAUCGGACCAUCGAACAGAGCAAAGACAAUGGAGUGGACAUAUAUGAGCCUCUUUACACUCAGGGUGAGACCAAGGUGCUGAAGCUAAAAAACCUAAGACAAAAGGACUUUGCUGCCUACACCUGCCAGGUGUCGGUCCGGAACGUGUGCAACAUUGAAGACAAGUCGGUCAGAUUUAUCCUCACCAAUGCUACAUCUCCUCCGAUGAUCCGGCUGUCAGUCAACGACACUGUGGUGGUUGAUCCUGGCCAGGAUGUGGUUAUAACCUGUGAGGUGACUGCAGGUUAUCCCUCGCCCAAUGUGACAUGGUCGCGUUACCCCGGACCUCUUCCUCUCAGCGCCCAAGUUAAGGGGAUGACAUUGAUUUUGCGUGCUGUCACACCCGGAGAUGCUGGUUUCUACAACUGCUCAGCUGUCAACAAUGUUGGCAACCCAGCUCGCAAGAACGUCAAUCUUGUUGUCAGGACAAUGAAGAAUCUGACCUUCCAAAUCACACCGGACUCCAACAAGGACAGCGAGACCAUCCAAAUGGGUCGUGACCUCAAGCUGUCGUGUCACGUUGACGCCACCCCACAAGACAAAGUCAACUACACCUGGUACAAGAACGGUGCACCGGUGUUCAACACAGACAGCUUGAUAUUAUUGCGCAGUGACCCAGACAUGGCACCGGGGACCAGUAGCUUAGAGAUUGUGGACAUGAAGUUCAGAGACUUGGCAGCCUACAGCUGUGUGGCAAACUUCCCAGGCAGCAGGGUACCAGAACUUCGUGUGGACAUCAACAUCUCUCAGAAUGGUGUUUAUCCUCCGGUGUUGUCAGUCCCACCAAGAGGUCAGACUGUGAAUGUGCGCGAGGGAGGGAUAGCCGAUCUUGUAUGCUUGGUAGUCGACGGCAAACCCCGUCCUCCAGUUCUGUGGUCACGAACAGAGAAGGACCUGCUAAUGCCUUCAGGGAAGACUGUGGAGGAGACACCUGAUGGCCGCUUGAGUCUAAGGAACGUUAGCAGGGACAUGAUGGGGUUGUAUCGUUGUCAGACAGCUCCAUACAACGGGCUUAACAUCAAGCGCAGAGAGGCGCUGGUUCAACUGAACGUUCAAUAUCCUCCCAUUCUGGACCCAGUCUUUCAGGAUGUGCGCACCAGGAGCACACUAGAGGUGAUUCUAAGAUGUACCGUCAUGAGGUCCAGUCCUCCUCUCACGACUGAUGCCCGCUGGUUCCGUAACGGCAAAUUCAUCCAAAUGUCAAUGCCAGACCUGAAAGAGCACACGUUAAAACUGGGACCAACCAGCAAUGGAACUUAUGAGUGCCGAGUCAGCAACAGCGCAGGGACAUCAACAUGCAGAUUUAAUGUCUCUGCAAAACCCUACAAUGCAGAAUUUUACUUUGACACACCUAACCCUGUGCGAAUCCUGAAGGGAAACAAUUACUCCUACAACCUGCAGUGGACACAGAGAGAACCACAGGCGACAGACAAAAUCAUAGGCUACUGGUUAAGUGUCCAAAAGAACGGCAAGAUUUUACAGUCCAAGCAAAUUGACCUGAGGGGAAUAGAGCCAGAGAAGGGUGUUCUACUGUCCAACACAAUAUCAGACCUGAAAAUCCCGCUGACUUACGAGGUCCGACUGGCCCCCAUCACCACCUUCACUGCUGGUGACUAUGUGAGCCGAAUCAUCCAGUACUCAGAACCUUAUACUUACCCAAGAUCUUCAGAUCAUAUAUGUGGUUUCGAAGAUGAGCGGAUCUGUGGCUUCUCUCAAGACCGGAGUGAUGUCUUUGACUGGACAAGAUCGAAUUAUCUGAUGCAAAACCCCAAGCGAUCUGCCAAUACUGGGCCUGAGACCGACCGCAGUGGAACGAUGGAAGGGUAUUACAUGUACAUUGAAGCAUCACGUCCACGUUCUAUGGGGGACAAAGCCCGUCUUCUGUCUCCGCUUUUCAACGUGUCUUCAGUCAAAGGCCCCAAGGGCUCCAGGCGAGUCCCGUACUGUGUCUCCUUCUACUAUCACAUGAAGGGCAAACAUAUUGGCACGCUCAAUGUACUCCUGCGAGUGAGUAGCACUCCCCCUGUGGACUCAGUGGUGUGGACAAAGUCCGGUCAUCAGGACACAGACUGGAAGAAGGCAGCCUUUGACAUCAGCCCCAGUGGACCAUUUCAGAUUGUGUUUGAGGGAAUUCGAGGUCAAGGUUUUGAAGGCGACAUAGCCAUCGACGAUGUGUCCAUAACCAUAGGAAAAUGCAAACAAGAGAACACCGUAGCCAACGCAGUUCUCAUUGGAGGAUCAAGUUCACUCCCACUGACCAGGUGGCUGACCUUUGGCUUCUCCUGCUGUCUCUCACUUCUCUACAGAUGAUGAGCACCUUCCACAGCACCACUGUCUGUCUGUGAUAACAGACACUGCCCAAACUCGCACUUUUUACCCCUCCCUCCCGUCCUACUCUGUCUUCACAUGUCUAACUUCUUCGUUUACUCUCACACCGUCCUACAUCAGUUUCAUUCUUCUAGCUUAGACAGCACAAAGUCUUUGUCUACUUCUGUCCCCAGCCUUCUCUAAAUACUUUAGUGUUUCACACAUAUUGCAUAUUUACCUGACUCUCUGUAUUUAAGGCUGACGCACUCAACGAUCAGUGACACUUGAAACUUUCUCCUUCAUCUCUAUUAGAAUGGCCUCACUCAUGUCGGUGUCACUCUGUUGCCUUUUCCUCUUCCUCAUCUACCUUUAUCGUCCACGUGCGCACCCUUGAACUGCUCUUUCCCACGGCCUCUUCACCCAGUUCCUCAGACACACCAAAGUGUCGGACACUCUACCAAAGAUCACAGGGAAUCUGAGGGAAUAACAUGAAGGAAUGUGGAUGCUGAAUAGGAAGCGGGAUCGAGAGAGAAAACCGUUAAGGAGAGGACACUUUUUUUUCCACACAAAGACUACGACGUCUUUGCCCCAAACUUUGGGAUGUGCGAAACUACGGAAUGGCAAACGGGAAUGAAGAACCCAAUCGAGUGUCAAACAAAUAAAUGACUAAGAAAUGGACACAUUUGGAGAGGAUAAUCAAAGCUGGGGGCCCCUAGUAGCGUCUCUGCUUGCCACAAAAAGACGAACCUCAGCGCGGAUUAUACGUGUACAUUUAUCUCUCUAUAUACAUAUAUAUAUAUAUAUAUAUAUAUAUACAUAUAUAUAUAUUAAAUAUAACAAAGUUUAAACUAAACUUUACAAGGACAGUGAAUGACUUUACUAAGUGAAAUUAAAGAAGCACAAUGUUUAUACAACCUCUGUUGUACUUUGGGUUAAUUCUACUUCUUAUGUGAUGUUGCAGUUUGUCAGACCUAUUCAAUGUUUUUUGAUAUUUUAUGUUAUUUGUUUGUUUUUUGGGGGAUAUGGCAUUCUUAGGGUCAAGGACAAUGAGUAAUAAAGUAUUAUUAUAUUCAUAUCUUUAAGAAGUAGAGAGGAUGAUUUUUGAUCUGGAUCCUGAUUUGAGCUCCUGGAAGAGAAAUGCAGAUGACCCAAGCCAUCUGGACAGACACCUUUACCUUUCUUUGCACAUUCAGUACUAAAGGCGUGCACACUCAGGCACACAGCACACAAACACCCUUACUCUUUUUUUUCCUCACUGCAGCACCGUUUCAGUCUGAAUCAUGCAGAAGGAAACACGUGGACGGUCGGGUGAAUAUAACAUUUUUACACUCUGAUUUUUAUUAAAAUUAGACAGGAAAAGCUGUGCAGAACUGAGCCUGAAACCAUUUCUCACAUUUAUUUCACCACAGAUUUCUGAUCUCGUGUAAACUUCUCACACAUACACGUGUCUGUUGUCUGCAAGGUGUUGCAGAUUUGUUUGUAUCAUUAAUCAAACACUGUUGAAUGUCUGUGUUGUCACUCAACCUCAUAUUCCCAUCAAUAUUAUUGGUAAAGUCAAGCAACGCUUGCAACACCUUUCCUGUGUUUAAACAAAGAACCAAAAAUGGAACACUUGCAUCUAUUUAUCCAUAUGAAUGAGUACUCGAUUAGGGAUUUAGUGUCAAAAAUGCAUCAAAAUAUUAUUUAUAAUCUUUUGUUUUUAUCAGCCAUGUUUCACAGUUACUCGUACAUUUAUCCUUGGUGUAUUCACCCUCCAAAGGCUGUAUGUAUCCAUAUUAUUAUUAUUAAAUAUGGCUGAAUUCAGCUGCAUUAUGCAUCAUCUAAUUCAGCAUAGCUUCAUAUUAGCUCCUGAUGUGCUUCUGUAUUUUAUGGUCUUCAUUACGGUCACUUGUCUGCUUUAUGUCUAAACCAAUUCAUCAUUUCACUUGUGUUUUGUGUCCCUUUGUUCAUUUUCUGUCUGUAAAAUGAUUUAUUAUUGUUUUCUAAUCCCUAAUUCUGCUUAUUAAGUUUUUUACUUAGUUUUUUCCAAUUUAACUCACCAGAUGUGAGGUGCUCUUUCCAUGCUUGCACAUGUUUAUGUACAAUGUCAUUGUGUAACUGCAGCAGAGUUGUGUUAAGCAUGUAAGACAUAUCUACGGAGCCCCUCACGUAGUUGUGUAACAUAGACGCCCUUAGCUUUACCUCUACCAUUGUACAUUCAUCUAUUUGAUGAACCCAGCUGUCUGAUAGUGGGGUUUAUGGAAAAAGGAAAUAAAUUAUUUUAGGAAA